AGGGAAGUCACUCUUUUAGUAUUAUGAUGUGUUGCCAAUGUCAUCAUUUUAUUUUCAUCAAACUCAUAGAAUUUUAUUUUUAGCGCUCAUCUGUAACAAAUUUUAUAAACACCCAAAAGCAGCCACCAUAGUAUUUAAAGAGACCCCUGGAAAGCAAAUCUUAUUGAUAAAACUUUUAGUUUUGUCCUGUGUUUUCUUACUGCUGCAGAAUAUUACAUUUAACUACUUUGAAUCCAUGGCAUCCACAUCUGAAAGAGAAAAGCCUCACAUCACAUUUGGCAUCAUCGCUGAUGUACAGUAUGCAGAUUGUGAUGAUGGCACAGAUUUCUCUAAAACCAGAGAACGUUUCUACCGAAAUGCUUUGAACUUGCUCAAAAAUGCCAUCAACGAUUGGAAACGUUCGGAUGAUCCGGUUGCAUUUGUUCUCCAACUGGGAGAUCUCAUUGAUGGAAAGAACAAUAUUGGUGGUGAAACCAGCAGUAAAAAAGCCUUGUCCACCGCUCUGAACCCAUUUAACUCUUUGCAUAUACCUGUGUAUCAUGUUAUAGGCAACCACGAGCUAUACAAUCUAAACCGUUCUUUUUAUUUGACUUCAGCCCUUAACAGUUCUCUCUCCCUCAGCAUUGAAACCAGCAAGAGUAAUUUGUACUACACAUUUCUUCCACACCCUAAGCUUAGAAUAGUAGCUCUAGACACCUAUGAAGUGAGUUUGCUUGGGUACCGGGACAAUCCAGAGGAUGAGAACUACAAGACUGCUCAGUUGUGGUUCCAGCAAAACAAUAAGAAUGAAGACAUAAACGAUGUGAGUGGGCUUGAUGGGCUGAGCAAACGAUGGGCAGCUUACAAUGGAGGAGUGAGUGAGAGGCAAUUACUGUGGCUGUCUCAGGUCUUACAGAAGGCUCAAUCUAAAGAGGAGAAUGUGAUCAUUAUAACUCAUAUUGCUAUCCAGUGUGAAGACAGGGAUUAUGCCAUUUGUCUGGCUUGGAACUAUGAUGAAAUCAUGAACAUUAUUCGGCAAUAUCCCUGUGUCAUAGGAGUCUUUGCAGGCCAUGAACAUGCGGGUUGGGAUUUCCUCGAUGAGCAUGGCAUUCAGCACAUCACAUUUCAAGGUGUGAUAGAGACACGCCCAGGAGGAAAUGCCUACGCUACUGCCAGACUAUGGGAUGAAAGAUUAACUGUGACUGGAGUGGGGCGAGUCCCAAGUUUUAACAUACGCCUUCGUUUUCCUAUUUAACAUUCUAUUCUUUAUGUUUUGAUUUGAUUUUUGACUUAUUGUAUCAGGUCAUCCAGAGCAGUUUUUAACUUUUUUUGUUUAAAUAAAAUGAAACAGGCAACUAAGAAAUGUAGCAGUGAGUUAAUUGUUUUUUAUUUAUUUUCCCUGUUAUGUUUGUUACUAAGGAUUAUUACCAUAUAAGUGUUCUAGUUUUCUAUUUUUACUUCUUUGUUAUGAGUUGUACAUUGAAUCAAUAUAUUUAAAUGCAAGUCUUGUUAUAAGACCUACCUGUUAAAAACUUAUUUCUGUUGGGUGCAGUUUCACUCUCAUGUUGAUAUCUGUUAUGUUCUCAUAGCACCUUCAACAUUAUGUUUGUUAACAGCGCUAUUUAAAUUAAAUUAUUAUUAUAAAUCUUUAUAAUAUUUUUGGUUGUAGUUCUUAGGGCUCAGUGUUAUAAACUGCUGAACUAUCAAUCUGAGAGGCUCAAAUGAAGAGUCUGAUGAAAACUCUUUUAUUUAGACUAAACUUGAGUUUAGCUGUGUUAGUGGAGUAGAACAGAAACAUUUUCUCUGAUACAUUUAAUCAACCGAAAAGAAGAUUAAAAGAGCAAACCAAUCAUACAGAAUUGCUAUACAAAAUAUGAAUGAGAAUAAAGAUUUAAAAAAUGUGAGCUAUCCAAAGGAAUAAUAAAAUUUAUCAAUUAAAUAAAAAAAAAAAAUUAGUUUAUAACCCUCUUGAAAACAUUCAGAUAAACAUGUUGACAAGUUCUGAUUUAUAUUUUUUCUUUUUUAAUUUUUUAUUUUUUUUCUAUACAAGAAAUUUUGAGGGAUGGAGAAACUUCAUUCUAGUAGCCUUCUGUUUAUUUUUGUUUUCUUUCAAAGAUACUAUAAGAUAAGAUUAGAUAAUUUUAUUGGUCAAAUCAAAUGGAAAUUCAUUUUGACUACAAUUAAUUAAUUAUUAGUUUAGACAAAACAGUUAAAGUAUUUUUUAUAGCAACAUUUAUGUACUGACUGAAUGUUUCACAUGAUCGACAUCUGUUACAAUUUGUUUGCAUGAUCAUUAUCAAAAAAAAAAAAUUCAUUCAUAACACAAUAAGAAAAUUAAGAUACAAUCCAUUUUUUUUAAAAAGAUAAAAACAUUUCAACCUUGUGUUUGUCAUUAAUUUGUAUAAAACUAACUCUCUUUGUUCUUCAUACUUAUCAUGCUGAUGUUGUCCUGUUUUGUGUUUUACUUAUGAAGUUGUUUUGUUAUUCCUUGCAAACAUCUAAUAAUUUUAAUCUUUUUGUUAUUCAUUUUAUUUAUUUCAAAGGGGUAUCUAGAAGUUUUUUUUCAUUUACAUUUCUUAAUCAUGUUUUACCCAAUUCAUUGAAAAAUUCUUUGUUGUAGUGAAUUGAUUAAUAAAUCCAUGACAUUUACUGUUCACUGCCAACUAAAAACACUUUUAGCAAAUUUAAAUGUCUGCAGUAACAAGCAAGAAAGGCAGUAACAAUGUCGAAAAGACCACAGAUAUUAAAGCAAAGCAACUAUUGUUCUUCUCAUCAUUUAUCUCCCUUUUGUUUUUAUGUAAUGUUUUCUUCUUUUAACCGACAUAGAAUUGUGCUUCCAUUAAUUCAAUAUUGUCCCAUCUUUUGAUUGCUGAGUAAGAAAAGUUUCCAUUCGUUCACUAACUCUAUCUUGACUGUCUCUUAAUGCAUACAAAUUAUUAAUAGAGGUACAUAUUGCAUACCUUGCAGAUGAUAAAAAGAGAGUGUCAUGUGGCCAGCACAUUGACCCAAUGCCUUUUCUUCCCCAACAUAUGUCAGGUACCCAUUAGAGGCUCUGGUUCACUCAGGGGCAUCCCAAAGAUCAAAAUCUGUGUCAUCAGCUAAAUUUUUACUCAAACCACUCAGUUUGUAAGCCAAAGGCUACACCUUUCAGCCCCAUUCCAUCAACACAUAAUGUUCUAGUCAAUGUGACAAUGUGUCUCAUUCUCCACAUGUUCAUAUUGUUGAAUUAAAAUGUAAAGAUUGCUUUAACUGUGAUUAGCUCAACAUUUCUUAUCAUUCAUAAAUACUGUGACCUUUAGAAGUCAAAUUCACUACUGGUAGAGAUUUUCUUCGACUACGGUACCAUCUAUUAGUUCAGCAAAGCUAAACAUACAAGGUAAUUAUAUAACAUCAAGCUGGGCUGAAACAAAGUACGUAAUGCUUUGUUAAGGAGGAACUGUGGCUGAGUGGUAAAGCGUUUGGUUUCCAAAUCCUGAUGAAGGCUUUGAUUUUUAAUUGCAGGAUCUUUAUGGCAACUCUGAGUCCACCUAGCUCUUAUGGGUACCUGACAUUAGUUAGGAAAAAGUAAAGGCAGUUGUUCAUUGUUUUGUUAAAUUCGGAUGUGUGGCUGAGUGACAUGCACUGCUUGGCCACCUUUCUAUGAGGCUCAAGUUUGAAUCCAAACUGCUGAGUUCUUAAAAGCAGCAUGGCAAACUUAUCCUACAUAACUCCUUCCCAUGUCUACAAAAUACAGACUAGAGUGCACUGAGCAUGCAAUAACAUUACCAGACAAAAGCAAUUUAAAAAAAGGUUUCCCCCUCAAGACCAAGUGGUCCCCAUGAUAAACUAUUUAAGUUCACUUGUUUCUAUGUCCAAUAGUCAUCAAGUGGCCAGCACAACAUUCAAUAAUCUAACCCAAACACAUGUUUUUUUAUAUUAAUUAGACCUUGGGGAACUCAGCCUUCACCAGGAUUUGAACCAUUACUUUAGAAGCUAAUUACUUUUACACUAUGCUGUCAUGUCCCAUAAAACAAAAUAUCCAAGGAACCUUGAUGACACACCCAUACUUUUGGAAGUUGAGCAUGUUGUGUUGAGUGGUAUACUAAACAAAUCAAAGGUUUGUUACGCAGAAAAUGAAAUAAAAACCUGAUCCCUUUUGCAUUUUAACGGUUAUAAUUUCUCUCUCUAAAUGUUUUAUCUCUUUGUGGGAAGAUCUUUAUGUUUUUAUCAAUGACACAAAAUGUAUUGAACAAGAAAACUCAAAUGUAAUUAUAUUGACAUUAAGUUUGUUUUUUUUUCUUACUUUUGUAACUGAUCUUGGCAUUUUAAUUUGUAUCAAUCUGAAAGUACAAAAUAACAAAGAUGUACAUUUAGAAAAAUAAAAAAAAAUUGCUGUGUUUUGGAUCACUGACCUAUAAAUCAGUUGGUUGUACAUAGUUUGUUAACCUUUCAUUUGCCAGGGCUUUCAUAAGAGUGUGUGAUGGAUGUUUAUCUUCUUUUUUGUUUGCCAGCUUGUUGCAUGCAACAUUAAAAGUUUUGUUCUUGU